AGUGUUAGUAUAAUAAUACAAGAGUAGAAGUAGAACUGUAGAAGAAGUGGUCACCGACACCACACAACACAGCUCAGUGACAGUAGCAUGGGUUGUGGCGGUGCAUUCUCGCAUCUCAUUCUCACUGCAAUCGCACUAGCAAUAGCGAUUCCAUUGGCUGCCUGCGAUACGCCUCCUGUGGUGUUUGUCUUCGGCGAUUCCAACUCAGACACGGGUGGACUCGCUUCCGGACUCGGUUUCAUUAUCAAUCUUCCCAAUGGCCGCACUUUCUUCCGAAGAUCCACAGGUCGCUUGUCUGAUGGACGCCUGGUCAUCGACCUUCUCUGCCAAAGUUUGAAUGCAAGUUUGUUGGUACCAUACUUGGACGCCUUGUCCGGAACCUCAUUCACAAAUGGAGCAAACUUUGCUGUGGUGGGGUCCUCUACUCUCCCUAAGUAUGUUCCUUUCUCCUUAAAUAUACAGCUCAUGCAAUUCCGGCGUUUCAAAGCUCGUUCUCUUGAACUUGUUACGGCAGGUGCAAGAAAUUUCAUCAGUGACGAAGGCUUCCGCAAUGCACUCUACUUGAUUGAUAUUGGGCAAAACGACCUUGCUGAUUCAUUUGCCAAAAAUCUGUCAUACGCACAAGUGAUUAAGAAGAUCCCAUCAUUUAUAACUGAGAUCGAGAAUGCUGUUAAGAAUUUACAUAACGAAGGGGCCAGGAAGUUUUGGGUUCACAAUACUGGGCCAUUGGGCUGUCUUCCUAAAAUACUUGCACUGGCUCAGAAGAAGGAUCUAGAUUCAUUGGGAUGUCUUUCUAGUUAUAACUCGGCAGCACGAUUGUUUAAUGAAGCGCUGCUUCAUUUGAGUCAGAAACUAAGAUCUGAACUGAAGGAUUCUACUUUAGUCUAUGUUGAUAUUUAUGGCAUUAAGCAUGACCUCAUUACAAAUGCCGCAAAAUAUGGUUUCUCAAAUCCGUUGAUGGUAUGUUGCGGCUUUGGAGGGCCUCCUUACAACUUUGACGUAAGGGUAACAUGUGGUCAACCUGGUUAUCAGGUUUGUGACGAAGGGGCUCGAUAUGUAAGCUGGGAUGGAAUUCAUCAUACUGAAGCUGCAAACACGUGGAUAGCUUCUAAGAUACUUUCCAUGGCUUAUUCCACACCACGAACACCUUUUGAUUUCUUUCGCCACUGAUUAUGCACUGAGUGUGCAAAGCAAUCAAUAAAAGGUUAGUUCAUUGGUUGUUGGUUUACCAAAUCUAUGUAGUUUCCAAGAACAGAGUCUGUCAUGAAGCAAUGCACGUUCUGAAGCUCUAUGAAGUUGGAGUAACCAGACUAUGAUAUCAUAAUUUGGUUUUUAUUUGACAAUAUGGAUGUAUGUUUACUAUGUAAACAAUUGAUGACUCACAUGAAUGCAUUUUUGGCCUGUAUUAGAGAUGGGACAUGUAAUUGAAUCAGUGAAGACUACCAGCCUAAAAAAUCGUUGUCAAAAUAACUAAAUUUA